AUGAAUGGUACGCAAAACUCGAGCGGCCAAAACAGGCCGUCUGUUACCCAACUUUUCAAGCGAACAGAGGUCAUAGGACGAGGCAAGUUUGGAAUAGUCUACAAAGGUUACCACAUCAAGACUCGACAAGUAUGCGCUAUGAAGGUUCUUAACUUGGAUUCUGCUGAUGACGAGGUUGAAGAUGUGCAGAAAGAAAUCCAGUUUCUGUCGUCGUUAAAAAAUGUACCAAACAUCACGCAUUACUACGGCUCUUAUUUGAAUGACACCAAAUUGUGGGUUAUCAUGGAGUUUUGUGCCGGUGGGUCCUUGAGAACGCUGCUGCGACCCGGGAAAAUCGGUGAGCAAUACAUUGGGGUUAUUAUGCGCGAGAUUUUGACGGCCUUAGUACAUAUCCACCGCGACGGUGUGAUACAUCGAGACAUCAAGGCCGCCAACGUACUGAUCACCAAUGAUGGUCAUGUCAAACUGUGUGAUUUUGGCGUUGCGGCUCAACUCUCGCAAACCAAGAUUAGGCGGCAAACCAUGGCAGGCACCCCAUAUUGGAUGGCUCCAGAGGUUAUCAUGGAGGGUGUGUAUUACGACACGAAAGUGGACAUUUGGUCGCUUGGGAUCACAAUUUAUGAAAUAGCGACCGGAAAUCCGCCGUACUGUGAUGUGGAAGCGCUACGAGCAAUGCAACUCAUCACCAAGUCCAAGCCUCCACGGUUGGAAGGACGUCAGCAUUCUACAGCCCUGAAGGAAAUCAUUGCAUUAUGUCUAGACGAGGAUCCAAAGGAAAGAUCUUCUGCGGAAGAACUUCUGAAAACAAAGUUUAUACGGCUCAACAAAAACAUGCCAGUAUCGAUACUAAAGGAGCUCAUAAGUCGGUAUUUGCUACACAGAGAGCAGCAGCCACAUCGCGAAUCCACAUCCAUGACUCUCGAUAGUGGAAACUCCAUUAAAGUGGAUGCAUCGCCCUCUGAACAUGAUCUGAAUAUGAAAUGGGAUUUCGAUUCUUUGAACUCCAACGAGUACAUUAUGGAGAAUGAUAUUAAUGUAGACGCAAUUUCCGAAGAGUCGUCACCUAACGAACAAUUCAAUUAUGCAUAUCCAGAGGACGACCUCCUUUAUCAAUCCAAUAAAAGGUACUUUCACAACACAACUAUUGGCAAAGCGACGCCGAACGUUACAACAAACAACUUUACCCUCCAGGCAACUAAUAAUAACAACAACAAUACAACUUACCAAAACAACACAAAUACAAGAUACCAGAGCAAGCAAAGCUGGGCGAAUACCGCUAAAAAGUCGGAGACGAAGGCAUCAAAAGCUCUACUGCAACUAUUUGAGGACAAUGGGGACAGCACAGCAGACACUGAAUAUCAAAGAACCGGAGCGGCAGUGUCUGGUAACUCCCAGGACGAAGCGCUCCGAAUAAACACCCAAUUGACUGAACGUCCCUCGCAUCCCGACGCUUUCAAAUCACCCAUUUACCAAAGCCAGAGCACGCCUGCGCUGCCUAUGUUACAAACAACAUUCAGCCAACCUGUCGUCAUGGGGCAUCAAAGCGCGACGGCCUUACCUACUCCAAUUGAAAUCGAAAUUCCCGAAGAGCUGCCUUCGAGCCAAGAGGGUGCUGGUACGUCAGUGACGAAACCUAGGUCCUCUACGGUCUCGGCGCCUGUAAACAAACAGGCUUCCGUUCUUCAAAGAAGACCCACCGUUACUGGAAGUGGCUUAGUACGCGAUCCAUCUGCCGCUGGUUUGAAAGCUGCUCACGAUGAUAAACAUCGUCAAGCCGUUCCUACGACCAAUCCUGGCGUGAAUAAGUCCAUCAUCAGGAGUGCAUCUCCUUCAAAAUCGAUGACUGGAUCACCUGGAAAACCCGCAGCUACCAAUUCAACGGCGAGUACCACGCCGCUAGCAAUGAAGCCUGCUGCAACUGAUAAAUCAGACGUGCUAUUAAAGCCCUUGAACGGCGAUGAGACCGAGAGCGGACGUACAAGAAUCAAUCGUGACUUUAAACGUCGUAAUCCGAAUCUAAAAUUACAAAUGCCUUCCCCUACCUCAGCACUUCCAAACGCAUUGCUGGAUUCUUCCGCAUCCGCGCACCUGAAUUUCGAUGAUGCCAAUAUCAAUCAAUUUGGAUUCAAUACGAGCUCAGCGCUGCCGGUGGCUAUGACGCCUGUAGUCGAAAGAGGUAAUGAUCUUCUGAAUAAACGGAAAGUGAGCACUGCCGCUAGUACUGGGUCUAGCAGCAGGAAUAACAGCAUAACACAAGAGCAUUCUACAAGCACACCCGCACAGGGGCUGCCCACCGCAGCUGCUCCUGGAGGGUUAAGCGUCAGCACCUUAUCAAGUGCCGUGCCCGCUGCGAUGUCCCAUCCCGGCAUCAAUGCCAUUGCCCCUGGUUCCAAUGCCAGCGGGACCUCUACGAACGCCUGCCCGCUGAUGGAGAAGCCGCCAAAGUUUCUCCAGAUGGACAUGUUUGUUGACUAUCCUUCAGAUGAACUUGCCGGCGACGUUUCCAAUGACCAAGAACAUGAUCGCAAGUUUCUGGUUUUGCGAGAGCUGGACUCUCUGCUAAAAACUUUCGAGGACGGACUCCCUGCAAUGGAGUUUGCUCUCAAAGAAGUCCUGAACAAGACAGAAGGAUGA